AUGGCAAACCCUAGAAGGAAUUCAUACUCAAACAGCACAGAGAACCCAUUUCAGCUCCAAAAUCAUUCAAGAAUAUCAUCUAUAAAGCAUUUUUUAAAAAAGCCACAUGCUUUCCCUUUUUUGCUCUCAAUCUUUCUCUUCCUCGCAUGGGUUUCUCUCAGGCUCCAGCACUCCUCUUCAAGAUUGUCUUCUAGUAACAGUCUCCAUUGGAGCAAAGAGGAGGAUGAGAAGGCUAAUUUGAUAAGGUUUAAAUCUGGGUUCUUAAGUUCUAAUGAUAAGCGUGGCUGGUUACUUGACCCUGUGUCUAUUGCUCUUGAAUCUGGCAUUAAAGGUGGAGCUGUGUCUUGUGCUUCUAUUCAUGUUGGUGAAAUUAGACCUGGUGGUGUAAGGGGAAAUCACAGGCACCAUACUUGCAACGAGACAUUUGUGAUUUGGGGUGCCAAAACGUUAUUUAGGGUGGAGAACAAUCAGAUAGUCGAUAAAGGUUAUGCUGAAGUGAUUGUAGGCGCAGAUGAAGUUGCUGUUGCAGCUAGCCCGAGUGGAACAGCCCAUGCAUUAGUAAAUAUGGAUCCUACGCAUACUGCAUACCUUUUAGGGUGCCAAGACAGCACAAUAAACUAUAACAGCUCAACUACUGAUUUUAGUGUUUGGAAAGAUCUCUAG